GUAACGGACCAACUGGAGCUGGGAAACCCACCCAAAGGCAAUUAAGGGUAAAGGACGACAAAAAUAUUUGAUAAACUUUUUUUUUUUUCUUCCUCUCUCUCUCUCUCUCUCUGUCUCCAACGGGAACAAAGAAGGAGAAACUGAAGCCCCGGUGAUGGCGACGGACCUAGAAUGAAAGAGCCGUCCCCAUUUGAGGAAUAUUUUUCGGGUGAAUUUUCCCGGACGGGAGGUUUGAUUUGGAGCGUCAAGGCAUCAAGUCUGGAAAAGUUGCAAAUACCGGAGCGAGAAGCAGCGUUUUUUUUUUUUUUUUUUUCUUGUUUGGAAACGAUGCGGAAAAGUUGCUGAAGCAAACCCCUUCAAGAUGAGGAAUAUUUGCGCAAUGGCACGCAAAUAGGAGAAAGUUAAAAAAGUUUUGGGGGGGAGGGUGGGGGGGGGGCAGUAUCUGUUUGGAAAGUUUCUUCCUUUUUUUCCUUUUUUCCCUCAGAGGCGCAUCAAGGACGUUAGAGUCACCAAGUCGGGGGGACGCAGGAGGGACAUACAUAAGACUGUAUCAGUGAAUCUGUAUCCUGUCCUCGCUGCCGGAGGGCGAUGGGGGCCGCGCCGGGCUCGGGCUGGGAGGAGGGCGAGUUCGAGUUCAAGUUGGUGUUUGAGGAGGAACCGCCGCGGCAGAGCCAGGGCCCGUCUCCGGUGCGCACGGCCGAGCCGGAGAGCUCCGUUGCCGGGGAGGACAGCGACGGCGCCCUGCUGCACUUGGAGACCUCCAGCAGCAGCAGCCAGGACAACAACCUGGCUGCCUCUCAUGCGGGACACUCAAUCAGCAUCCCCAGCCCGCCGCCCUCAUCCAAUCAGCGGGCGGGGAUGCAUUCGCCGCCUCCACGGAGGGCCCCCAUCAGAGAGUUCAGCGGGACCUACGAGAGCCUCCCGGCGCGAUCCGUCCAGGUAUCAGAGUCUCGUGUGGUCGAGUGCCCGAGCAUCCAGAUCACCACCAUCUCGCCCGAAGACGACCCGACGCCCACCAUUUCCAGCUACUGGGACAUGGGUGGCGGCGGCGGGUGGGACAGGGAGCGCCUCUACCUCCCCCUGCUGGAUCCCUUUUCUUACCGCGACAGAUGUCCGGGCUCCCUCAGCCCGAGCCCCGCGUCCAGCCCGUCCUCCCGGGGCUGGCUGAGCCCCGCCUCCAGCUGCGACUCCCUGCUGGUGGAAGAGGACGAACUCAACGAGGCCACCAUCAGUUUCGGGCUCUCGCCGUCCUCGAGGCCCACGUCGCCGGGUGGCAAGAAGCGUAGAAACUCACCGCUGGCCUCCCCCUGCACCUCGCGCAGAGGCAGCUACUCCGAGGACCUGCAGGGAUGCAACGUGGAGGGCGGAGAGUGCAGCCCCCAGUCGCAGGCUCCCCCCAGCAGCUGUGAGCUCAGCAUCCCACAGAAAACCAGGAAGACCUCAUUGGAGCAAAUGUCUCCCAGAGAGGUGGAUCAGGAGCAGGCUCCGGGCCACGGCUCCCCCUGCCCCCUGUCAGAGACGCAGCAGACCAGGAGAGAGCCUCCCUCGCUGGGCAUGGACUACCUCUCUGUACCCCCUGCUCUGGCCUGGGGCAGAACCCGAGCCAGCGCCCACAGCCCCCUGUUCAGGUCUAAUGCGCUGCCUCCGCUCGACUGGCCGCUUCCGCCCCAGUUUGACCAAUACGAGCUGCGCAUCGAGGUCCAGCCACGCCCACACCACAGAGCCCACUACGAGACGGAGGGCAGCAGAGGAGCCGUCAAAGCUGCACCUACGGGGCAUCCCGUCGUCAAGCUGUGUGGAUACACGGAGAGCAAACCGCUCUCUCUCCAGGUUUUCGUGGGAACAGCUGACGACCGAUCGAUCAGGCCACAUCCUUUCUAUCAGAUCCACAGAGUGACCGGGAAGAUGGUCGGCACCGCCAGUCACGAGAGCGUCCAGGCGGGGACCAAACUGCUGGACAUCCCCCUCAACCCCGAGAACAACAUGACCGCACUCAUCGAUUGUGCCGGGAUCCUGAAACUGAGAAACUCGGACAUCGAGCUGAGGAAAGGAGAAACGGACGUUGGAAGGAAAAACACGCGCGUCCGCUUGGUGUUUCGUACCCACCUCCCUCUAGCGCCGCCUCUUGCUCCACCUGGACGAGUCUUGGCUCUGCAGGUCGCCUCUCUGCCCAUCGAAUGCUCCCAGCGUUCGGCCCAGGAGCUGCCCGUCAUCGAGUCCGUCAGCCUCACCUCCUGCUCCGUGGAAGGAGGAGAGGAGCUCCUGCUCAGCGGCACCAACUUCCUGCCGAUCUCCAGAGUGCUCUUCAUGGAGCGGGGGACAGAUGGUAAACUCCAGUGGGAGGAGGAGGCUCACGUUGACCGCGACAACAGCAACGAGUGUCUGUUGUGCGUGAGGGUCCCGGCCUACAGCGACCUCUCCGUCAGUCGGCCCGUGUCGGUCAGUCUUUACGUCUCUAACGGGAAGAGGAAACGGAGCAGCACUCACUGUUUCAAGUAUCUACCUGUGAUGUUCAAAGAGGACGACCCCCUGCUCUCUCGCCCCUCCGCGCUGCCUCUGGACGUGGGGACAGGUUGUCCCGUCGGAGGUCCCCCCAGGAUGGACAGGGGCUUCCACGUGAGAGGCGACCCCAUGUCCGAGGAGCGAGGCCUGGGCUUCCUGCCCCCCUACCCCUCCACGUACUCCCCUCCGUGUCCGGCCAUGAGCUUCCACGAGGAGUACUGCUCUAAACCCGACGCCGUGGCCGAGGAGCCCGGGGGGUCCAGGGCGGCUCUGUCCGAGCGUCACCCCAGUUUCGAGAACCUAGAGCUGGGCUUCACAGAGCUGCUCCCUCCCCUCUACCCCCGUGGCCCGCAGCCUCCCUCCCCCUCCCCUUCCCCGUGGCUGGACUCACCCUACCUGUCCUCCUCGCCCUCCCCUUCCCACUCCUCCUCUCUCAGCCCGUUCCCGGCAGGGAGUCCCAUCUCGACCUCCCCUCUGCCCCCCAUCCCCACCUCGCCUUACCCGCAGUACUCUGCUUAUCCUCAGGAGGUGUGCCCCUCCCCUCCGACCAACCCCAGCCACUAUCAGGACUUCUGCCCGGCACCCUACUCCCACUACGAGGGCUGGGACCCCCAGGGAAGGGUGCUGGGAACCGGACACGGGCGGGACCCCAAGAUCCAGGAGUGCCCUCUGGAAUUUAGCAGCUCUGCCUCGAUGCACCACAUUACCUUUGAAGAAGUAUCAGAGUUCAUCGGUGAGGACAUCCAGUCUUACCAGUCAGGCUCUCAGAUGGACAACCAGCCGAACUGAGCUCGGAGCAGCUCGUGACCCGUCCCCCCCCCGUCCCCCCGUCCCUCCCGUCCCCCGUCGUUUGACAUUCAGCAGCAUUUUAAAUCCCCUUACGCACUCGGUAUUAAGAUGCAGUCACAUGUAAUAUUGACAGGAGACUCUGGUUACCAGGACACUGUUGUAAUUAUGACCACAGGUAACUGUUUUAUAAAGGGAAACUAAUGUUUUUAACACGUUUUCAAUAUAAAUUAUACAAGAAACGGA